AUGACUCAACCAAAUUUGAGUUCAAUUCAUAUUUCAGGACCAAGACAGAGAUCAGCUUCUACAGCAGCGAUACAUCCAGAGCUAGGGACUCUCACGACAAAUGAUUCAAAGUCAAUGAUCGAUAAUUCAUCUGGUCUUUCACCAGGUAUCGGAGCUGGUCCUGUAUCAAAUUCUACAGGGGAUAUUCCUCCAGAUUUGGCCAUAUUGCUACAAAAAUUAGAUGAAGACUUUCUUAUCAAUAAAUCUAUAGAUCAGUGGAACUAUAUAAAUCGGAGAGAAGAAAUUAUGCAAACAAUCAACAAAUUACAUCAGAAACAAAAUGAGGAUAUCCAAUCACUUGAUCCCGACUUAUUAGAAAUGCCCUUGAAUCCAAGAAGACCAGCGGCAUCUAUUCCAGAAACCAGUAAAAAUUUUGAUGAUAUUUUAGAAAUUUUGGCAUCAAGAGCAAGUACUUACAGAACUGAUAUGGCGUUCGUGGUCCUAGAUUCAAGAAGUAAAGAAGUAAGUAGUAUAACCUGGGAAAAAUUGUAUUUGAAAGCUUUGAAAAUUGCGUACGAAAUUUGUCAUAAAGUUUCUACGAAAAAUACUGACACAGUUGUGUUAUUAUACAAAGAUGGUGAAGUUUCUGAGUUUGUUACAGCAUUAUUUGGCUGCUUUAUAGCUGGUGUAACUGCAAUUCCGAUUCAUCAAGACAUAUCACUAUCCGAGGUUUUAAACAUAUUGACGUUAACAUCAUCAAAACUAUUACUUUAUUCUGAGACUGUUGCAAAAGAAUUGGAUCGAUUAAAUGCUCAGAAUCUGCGAAUUAAUUGGCCAGCUAAACUUUUAAGGUGGAGAACUACAGAUUUUGGAUCAGCAAAAAAGUCUGAAGUAUCAUAUUGGAACCAAAAGCAACAUGCUAAAAAAGAUAAAAAUUCAUCAAUAAAUUUGGCUUAUAUUGAAUUUUCAAGGUCCCCAGUGGGUGAACUUAGAGGUAUAGCUUUAAGUCAUAGAACAAUUACUCAUCAAAUGCAAUGUUUAGAUGCCGCGCUUCUGAGUUUACCUAAUUCAGGUGGAGGUCUUCGUAGAAGUUUGAAGGAGUUUCGAGGAAAUAAAAAAGUAGUUUUGGCUACAUUGGACAUCAGAUUUUCAAUUGGAUUGAUCUUAGGUGUAUUGUUCACAGUGUAUUCUGGAAACGUAUUAUUUUGGUCACCUCAAAGAGUUAUGGAAAUUCAAGGUUUAUAUGCCAACAUAAUUACAAAAUGUAGGGCUUCCUUGCUUCUAGCUGAUUAUCUAGGAUUGAAAAGAGUUACUUAUGAUUAUCAACAAUCACCAAGUGCAACCAGAUAUUUUUCUAAAACUCAAAGUGUGGAUUUUUCAUCUGUUAAGUGGGUUUUAGUCAACGCAUUAACGAUCGAUGGUGAAUUUAUGGAAAUUUUAUCUCAAAGGUAUUUACGACCGCUUGGGUGUCAGCAUCCAGAAAAUGCCAUCAUACCGAUGUUAACUUUAAGUGAAUAUGGAGGAAUGGUGAUAUCUCUCAGAGAUUGGUUAGGAGGAAAAGAGAAAAUGGGAAUAAAUAUAACUGAAGAAGAUUCGAACGAUUUGUCAUCAGUCUUAAUUGAUAAAGAUUGCUUAGCUAGAAACUUAGUAAAGAUAGUGGAAACAAAUCCGUCAACUUCCGAUGAAAUUGGUAGUGAUGUUUUGAGGGUCGAUGCUUUUGGAUAUCCUCUUCCUGAUGCAACAUUGGCUGUAGUGAAUCCAGAACUGGGGAUUUUAGUUCAAAAAGGUGAAUUAGGUGAGAUUUGGAUAGAUAGUCCUUGUCUAUCUGGAGGAUUUUACGGAUUAAGAAAGGAAUCAAAGCUGAUAUUUCAUGCUAAAUGUCGAGGUCCAAAUGGUUUUCUCGAGAUGGAUUUUUUACGUACAGGAUUAUUAGGUUUUACUUACAAUGGUAAAGUUUAUGUUUUGGGAUUAUAUGAGGAUAGGAUAAGGCAAAGAGUAAGCUGGAUUGAUCAUGCAUUAUUUAAAAAGAUGAACAAGGAAUUGAUGAAAACAUCGGGUUCUAGAUAUCAUUAUUCGUCUCAUUUAUUGGCGACUUUGGCUAGCGAAGUGAAACAAAUAUACGAUUGUACAAUUUUUGAUAUAUUUGUCGGUAAUGAGUAUUUACCUGUUGCUAUAGUCGAAGCUGAAGUUAUUCGAAAACAAAUUGAUGAUCUGAGUGGAGUAGAAUCUAAUGCUUCUGGUGGUAAUAAGGCAAAGAAUGGUGAUCUAGAUUAUGCUUCGGGUGUACCACUUAAUGAGCCAGUAUUAAAUGCUAUCGCUCAAAGAUGUUUUGACACUCUUUACAAAAAGCAUUUUCUUCGACUAUAUUGUGUUUUGGUAGUUGAUUGUGAUACAUUACCUAAAAUAAUGCGAAGUGGUGGUAGAGAAAUUGCAAAUAUGCUUUGUAAAAAGAAAUUUUUGGAAGGUACAUUAAAGGCUGAUUAUGUAAAAUUUUUUGUGAGAAAAUCAAUAAGUUUAAUACCUCAUGGUGAAGAUAUAAUCGGUGGUAUUUGGUCUCCUUAUGUCUCUGAACUUAGAAAUAAGGCUUUGCAAAAUUUUCCUGACCAAUAUUCUGCUAUUGAUUACCGGCCAAAAGCAAUUGAUGAAAAAACAGGUCUAGUAUUAAGUGAUUUUGAAUCAAUUCAAGAUAUAUUAAAGUACAGAGUAAACAAAGCUGGUGAUGCUAUAGCAUUUCAAAACGUCGACAUAAGCGGUAAAAAUAAACCAUUGACUUGGAAGAAAUUUGAACUAAAGGUUUAUGCAGUUUGUCAGUACUUGAUGGAAAAGACCAAUUUAAAAGCUGGCCAGUAUGUGAUUUUAAUGUAUUCCUUAUCGGAGGAUUUUGUUGUUGCUGUUUUUGCUUGUUUAAUUUGUGGGAUAAUAGCUGUCCCAAUGUUACCAUUCGAUUCAAAUAGAAUUGGUGAGGAUUUUCCAGCAUUUGUGGGUGUAAUACGUGAUUUUGAUAUAUCAGAGAUUUUAGUUAAUGAUGAGGUUGAGAAAUUUUUGAAAAAUGGGCCAGUUGCUGAUUCUUUGAAAAAAAUUACUCACAAGAAGGUUAAAUCAUUAAAGAUUAAAAAUACAACAAAACUCAGUAAAAUAUCUAAUAUCAAUUCCAUCACAAGUAAAAUUGCAACUUUUCUGGGAAAUACAAAGGGUAAAACAGGUAAUAAAAUUGCUUUGGUUUGGCUAAAUUUUACAUCGGAUCAUUAUCGUGUGGGUGCAACUUUGAGCAACAAAAAUAUAAUUGGUAUUUGUAAGGUAUUCAAAGAGACAUGCAAUUUGAAUUCUCAAUCUUCAAUUGUUGGUUGUGUUAGGCAUGCCUCUGGAAUUGGAUUUGUUCAAACUUGUCUUUUAGGUGUGUUUUUGGGGACGGCCACAUAUUUGAGUUCUCCUGUCACUUAUGCUGAAAACCCAUUAUCAUUUUUUUUAACUCUAGCUAGGCAUAAGGUUAAAGAUGUAUUUGUGACCGAACAAAUGUUGAAAUAUGCUGCAAUAAAAUUUACUCCAAAAGGGUUCAAUUUAAAUUUGUUGAAAAAUAUGAUGAUAAGCACGGAAAAUAGAGUCGAAGUUGAUUUAUUGAGAAAAAUUGCUAGAGUCUUUCAAUCAACAAAAUUGAGUGCUGCUUCAAUGUCAACAGUUCAUAAUCAUUAUUUUAAUCCCAUGAUAUCCACUAGAUCUUACAUGACGGUUGCUCCAGUUGACUUAUAUUUAGAUCCUGUUGCUUUAAGGCAGGGCUAUGUUUCAGUUGUCAAUCAAUCGGAAGUUCCAAACGCUUUACAUAUUCAAGAUUCAGGUAUGGUUCCUGUUUGUACAGAAGUGGCAAUUGUAAAUCCAGAAACAAGAAAAAUCUGUAAAGAAGGUGAAUAUGGAGAAAUUUGGGUAUGUUCAGAAGCUAAUUUAACAUCUUUCACCAACGGACCAAAAGGUCCAAUUGAUCAUUUUUCUCAAAUUCAGUUUAGUGGAGUUAUUGAAGACGGUAAUCCUGAUGUAACAUAUUUGAGAACUGGAGAUUUGGGAUUUUUGCAUAAUAUUUCCAUUACUAAAAAUACUUCUAAUAAAAGUGAUAAAGAAGUUUCAUAUUUUCAACCACUUUUUAUAUUGGGGAAAAUUGCUGAUACAUUUGAAGUUAUGGGAUUGCAUCAUUUCCCAAUUGAUAUUGAAAAUACCAUCGAAUUUUGUCAUGCUGAUAUUUAUAAGAAUGGUUCUUGUGUUUUUCGAUGCUCAGAUUACACUGUGGUUGUUUGUGAAUCCAAAAGAACGAGGUAUUUCGCUUCGUUGGUCCCACUAAUUAUCAACACUGUAUUAAGUAAACAUCAUUUGAUUAUCGAUGUUGUUGCUUUCAUUAAAAAAGGUGAAUUCCCAAUAUCAAGGCUUGGAACCAAACAAAGAGCUAGAAUUGUGGAUGCUUGGGUUCAAGGAGUUAUACCUAUUAGUGCCUCUUAUGGUGUGAAUUAUGGAGAAAACUCAAUGAUCAAGCUAAUAAAAGAUGAUCCUUUAACGGAGCUACAAAAUCCUGCUUUAUCAUAUUAUGACUCUGAGGUUAAUGAGAAUGGUAUUUUUGAUGAAAAUAAAAGGGAGGCUUUAAGACUAAACAAUCAAUAG